GCUGCCGGCAGUGCCCGCGGGCAAGCGGGGCCUGUGAGCGCGGCGGAGCGGCGGGCGGGCCCCGGCGCCGCGCAGGCAGCCCGAAGAGGAAGGGGCGGCGGCGGCUGGCGGCCGGCGGCCGGCGGGGGCGGCGUGCGGCCUAGCGUCUCAGGAGGAUGAAGAUGAAGGUGAUGAUGCCACCACCUCCCAUGUAGGCUUGCUGUGAGGAUUAAAUAAGUGUUCAGUACAGGGCAUCAGCCCAGGAAGCAGCAGUUACCUACUGGCGAGCUUUUCUAGGCCCUAGCACAGAUGUGUGUGUUGGUAGCUUGCAUAAAGCUCUGCUGAGUAUGGUCACUGUAUUUCAUGGGAGAGUUCAUGAAGCUUUCCAGUUAACCUGCACUGUUCCUGCCUUCCCUUGCAUCUUGCUCCCGGCGUGCUGUAUCACUUUAGGAUGGAGAGUGCCCGGUGAAGAAUGUGAUGGGAUCAGUAGCAUGUCUGCGGAGAGCGGCCCUGGGACGAGAUUGAGAAAUCUGCCAGUAAUGGGGGAUGGACUAGAAACUACCCAAAUGUCUACAACGCAGGCCCAGGCCCAACCCCAGCAAGCCAACACAGCCAGCACCAACCCCCCUCCCCCGGAGACUUCCAACCCCAACAAGCCCAAGAGGCAGACCAACCAACUGCAAUAUCUGCUCAAAGUGGUGCUCAAGACACUAUGGAAACACCAGUUUGCGUGGCCUUUCCAGCAGCCUGUGGAUGCCGUCAAGCUAAACCUCCCUGAUUACUAUAAGAUCAUUAAAACACCUAUGGAUAUGGGAACAAUAAAGAAGCGCUUGGAAAACAACUAUUACUGGAAUGCUCAGGAAUGUAUCCAGGACUUCAACACUAUGUUUACAAAUUGUUAUAUCUACAACAAGCCUGGAGAUGACAUAGUCUUAAUGGCAGAAGCUCUGGAGAAGCUCUUCUUGCAAAAAAUCAACGAACUGCCCACUGAAGAAACUGAGAUCAUGAUAGUCCAGGCAAAAGGAAGAGGACGUGGGAGGAAAGAAGCAGGGACAGCAAAACCUGGCGUCUCUACGGUACCAAACACAACGCAAGCAUCGACUCCUCCGCAGACCCAGACCCCUCAGCAGAAUCCUCCACCCGUGCAGGCCACACCUCACCCCUUCCCCGCUGUCACCGCAGACCUCAUCGUCCAGACCCCUGUCAUGACAGUGGUGCCUCCCCAGCCACUGCAGACGCCCCCGCCGGUGCCCCCCCAGCCACUGCCCCCACCCGCACCAGCCCCUCAGCCUGUGCAGAGCCACCCGCCCAUCAUCGCGGCCACCCCACAGCCUGUGAAGACAAAGAAGGGGGUUAAGAGGAAAGCGGACACCACCACCCCCACCACCAUCGACCCCAUUCACGAGCCACCCUCACUGCCCCCGGAGCCCAAGACCACCAAGCUGGUGGGGCCCCGGCGGGAGAGCAGCCGGCCUGUUAAGCCCCCGAAGAAGGACGUGCCCGACUCGCAGCAGCACCCAGCGCCAGAUAAAAGCAGCAAGGUCUCAGAGCAGCUCAAGUGCUGUAGUGGCAUUCUCAAGGAGAUGUUUGCCAAGAAGCACGCAGCUUACGCCUGGCCUUUCUACAAGCCCGUGGACGUGGAGGCGCUGGGCCUGCAUGACUACUGUGACAUCAUCAAGCACCCCAUGGACAUGAGCACGAUCAAGUCUAAACUGGAGGCCCGUGAGUACCGUGAUGCUCAGGAAUUUGGUGCCGAUGUCCGAUUGAUGUUCUCCAACUGCUACAAAUACAACCCUCCUGACCAUGAGGUGGUGGCCAUGGCCCGCAAGCUCCAGGAUGUGUUCGAGAUGCGCUUUGCCAAGAUGCCGGAUGAGCCCGAGGAGCCUGUGGUGGCUGUGUCUUCCCCAGCGGUGCCACCGCCCACCAAGGUUGUGGCCCCGCCCUCAUCCAGUGACAGCAGCAGCGAUAGCUCCUCAGACAGUGACAGCUCCACUGAUGACUCCGAGGAGGAGCGAGCCCAACGACUGGCUGAGCUCCAGGAGCAGCUCAAAGCCGUGCACGAGCAGCUUGCAGCCCUUUCACAGCCCCAGCAGAACAAACCAAAGAAAAAGGAGAAAGACAAAAAGGAAAAGAAAAAAGAAAAGCACAAAAAGAAAGAGGAAGUGGAGGAGAAUAAGAAAAGCAAAGCCAAGGAACUUCCUCCCAAAAAGACCAAGAAAAAUAAUACCAGUAACAACAACACAAGCAAGAAGGAGCCAGCACCCAUGAAGAGCAAGCCCCCUCCCACAUAUGAGUCGGAGGAAGAAGACAAGUGCAAGCCCAUGUCGUAUGAAGAGAAGCGGCAGCUUAGCCUGGACAUCAACAAGCUUCCUGGUGAGAAGCUGGGCCGCGUGGUGCACAUCAUUCAGUCGCGGGAGCCCUCACUCAAGAACUCCAACCCCGACGAGAUCGAGAUUGACUUCGAGACCCUGAAGCCAUCCACCCUGCGUGAACUGGAGCGCUAUGUCACCUCCUGUUUGCGGAAGAAAAGGAAACCUCAAGCUGAGAAAGUUGAUGUGAUUGCUGGCUCCUCCAAGAUGAAGGGCUUCUCAUCCUCAGAGUCGGAGAGCACCAGCGAGUCCAGCUCCUCUGACAGCGAAGACUCUGAAACAGAGAUGGCUCCGAAGUCAAAAAAGAAGGGGCACCCCGGGAGGGAGCAGAAGAAGCACCAUCACCACCACCAUCAGCAGAUGCAGCAGGCCCCGGCCCCCGUGCCCCAGCAGCCCCCACCGCCUCCCCAGCAGCCCCCACCGCCUCCACCUCCACAGCAGCAGCCCCCGCCCCCGCCCCCUCCGCCCUCCAUGCCACAGCAGGCAGCCCCUGCGAUGAAGUCCUCGCCUCCGCCCUUCAUCGCCACCCAGGUGCCUGUCCUGGAACCCCAACUCCCAGGCAGUGUCUUCGACCCCAUUGGCCACUUCACCCAGCCCAUCCUGCACCUGCCGCAGCCCGAGCUGCCCCCUCACCUGCCCCAGCCUCCCGAGCACAGCACUCCGCCUCAUCUCAACCAGCACUCGGUGGUCUCUCCUCCAGGUCACCUCCGUGAAGCCCCCUCCCCGCUUAUGAUACAUUCCCCCCAGAUGCCACAGUUCCAGAGUCUAACCCACCAGUCGCCACCCCAGCAAAACGUCCAGCCUAAGAAGCAGGAGCUACGUGCAGCCUCCGUGGUCCAGCCCCAGCCCCUGGUGGUGGUGAAGGAGGAGAAGAUCCACUCACCCAUCAUCCGCAGUGAGCCCUUCAGCCCCUCGCUGCGGCCGGAACCCCCCAAGCACCCAGAGAGCAUCAAGGCCCCCGUCCACCUUCCCCAGCGGCCUGAGAUGAAGCCCGUGGAUGUCGGGAGGCCUGUGAUUCGGCCCCCUGAGCAGAAUGCACCCCCACCGGGGGCCCCUGACAAGGACAAACAGAAACAGGAGCCGAAGACGCCAGUUGCACCCAAAAAGGACCUAAAAAUCAAGAAUAUGGGCUCCUGGGCUAGCCUGGUGCAGAAGCAUCCCACCACCCCGUCCUCCACAGCCAAGUCAUCAAGUGACAGCUUCGAGCAGUUCCGCCGGGCGGCCCGGGAGAAGGAGGAACGCGAGAAGGCCCUGAAGGCACAGGCUGAGCACGCAGAGAAGGAGAAGGAGCGGCUCCGGCAGGAGCGCAUGAGGAGCCGAGAGGACGAGGAUGCGCUAGAGCAGGCCCGGCGAGCCCACGAGGAGGCACGCCGGCGCCAGGAGCAGCAGCAGCAGCAGCAGCGCCAGGAGCAGCAGCAGCAGCAGCAGCAGCAGCAGCAGCAGCAGGCGGCAGCUGUAGCCGCUGCCGCCACCCCCCAGGCCCGGAGCUCCCAGCCCCAGUCCAUGCUGGACCAGCAGAGGGAGUUGGCCCGAAAGCAGGAGCAAGAGCGAAGGCGCCGGGAAGCGAUGGCAGCUACCAUUGACAUGAAUUUCCAGAGUGAUCUAUUGUCAAUAUUUGAAGAAAAUCUUUUCUGAGAGCACCUACGUGACUUCUGACUUUGAUUUCCUGGCAAAACGUUGACUCUCCAUAGUGUUAGGGGCAGCAGUGGAGGCGGUAGCAGUGGCAAGGGGGUAACUCCGGGCCUGGCUCUCCUGCAUGCUAUGCCUGGGGCAGGCCUGAUGGGCAGCUGAGGACUGCAGAGCCUAUCUGCCUUACAGCCAGCCGGACGUCCCGCCACCCCCUCCACAGGACGUCGGCUCAGAGCACGCCUCGCCACGAGCAAGUGCCGGCCAGACCCAAGCCCCAAGUCCCCGCGUGUGGGGCAGAGGCCCUUCUCUGCCAAAUGUCUACACAGUAUAUGCAGGACAUCGUUGCUGCCGCCACCGUGACUGGUUUACUGUCCCCAAGAACGUGACGUUUGUGACGUCCUGCCCGCCGGGAGUCCUCCACACCCCAGCUGCCCCUGCCCACACCCAGGAGACCAGGGCAGGCCUGCAAGAGCUGGAGGUGGUGAGGGCGCUGGCCCACCCCCUUGCUGGCACUGACUUUGCCUUGAACAGACCCCACCCCUCCCUUCCUCUCCCCCCACAAGCCUUUAAUCGAGAGCCGCUCUCUGUAAGUGUUCGCUUGUGCAAAAGGGAAUAGUGCCGUGGAGGUGUGUGUGUGUCCAUGGCAAUCUGGAGCGAGGUGACUGUCACACGCGCGUGUGUGGGCCGGCCUCGCCCGGCGAGUGAGGCCACCAACCAAAGUCAGUUCCUUCCCACCUGUGUUUCUGUUUGUUUUUUUUUUCUAUAUAUAUAUAUUUUUUGUUGGAUUCUAUUUUAUUUUUAAUUCUCUCUUCUCCUCCAGACACAAUGGCACUGCUUAUCUCCGAAAUGGUGUGAUUGUCUCCUCAUUGAGCGGCGGCUGCCACCGCGCUGUGGGUAGUGUGUGACCGUGGCUGUACUGUGUAGUGAAACAUAGUUGGCAUAUCUUUGUUUGAAGUUUGUUGGUGACUCCACCAAACUGGUGUAAAAAAACUCAAAAAAAAAAAACCCACAAAAAAAAACAAAACAAAACAUACAAAACACACAAAAAAACUGCCUAUAUUUUACUCAGUUUCAAACUUUACUAGUCUAUUUUUAAUUAUAAAACCAGAAAGCCACGUUUUCUUUUCCUUUUUUUUCUCCCCGCCAUUCGUUGGCUGCCUCUUUGUUUGUUUUUUAACGUCAAAUCUGUUUCUGAGUUGUUGCUUUUGUGUUUUUUUUGUUUUUUUUUUUACCAGGAGAGGAAGGGCCAGGGGACGUGGUGGGCGCAAGGGGCCAGGGGCCACAGGCCACAGACUGAGGCAGAAGCUCCCCGCCUGGCGCUUGGCCCUACCAACCGGCUGCCCCUUCCCCCGCUUUUUUUUAAUUUUAUAAUUGGAGCCCUUGGUGAGGUUACGUGUGCCAUGAGAACCCACUCUACACCAUGACGCUGGUGCCUCAGUGUUGGCCAAACUCUGGAGUCACUGACUGGUUUGACUUUCAUACGGUGAAUAUGCAUUUGGUCUGUACUGAUCAUGGAAUAAACACAUCUCUCUUUUUUUAA